AAAGGCAGGCGAUGGAGUUUAGGUCCAAAAGAAACCCAUAUAAAUUCAUUAUUUUGUACAGAUUUGGUAUGAGAGUGAAACGUCUCGCUCCGCCAUCCUCUCUGACUGAACUCGCAAGGUGGUCUUGGUUACUUUUUGUGACACUAGUGUUAUUAUAAAAACUUUCAAGCGAAAUGUUUACAGUAAGAAAUUCAUUUCGCAGAUCGUCAAGGCUUAUAGAAAAUAUUUGUUUGAAAAAUGGUGACGUGGCUCUAGACUGUAUUUCCACUGGCCCCCAGCAGCAACAAGGGACCUUCUAUGAAUUCCGUACCUACAGAAUCCUUCCAGAGAAGAACGCUGCCUUCCUCAAGCUGACCAAUGAGAAGAUCCACCUGCGUACUGCUCACUCCGAGCUCCUGGGCUACUGGAGUGUAGAGUACGGAGGCUUGAACCAGGUCUUCCACAUCUGGAAGUAUGACAGCUAUGCUCAGCGGGCAGGUGUGCGCGCAUCCUUGGCUCAGGACCCCAAAUGGAUUGAGGAGUACAUCUCCAAGGCCAUGCCCAUGCUCAUGUCUCAGGACAACGAGGUCACGUAUUUGGUACCCUGGAGCAAGGUGGACAGGCCACCCAAGGAAGGUGGGGUAUAUGAGUUGGCAUCGUUCCAGAUGAGGCCAGGAGGCCCAGCAGUGUGGGGGGAGGCCUUCCAGGCUGCAGUCAGUACCCAUGCUGCCGGGGGGCAUGCCCACCUGGUAGGGGUCUUUCACAGUGAGUUUGGACGGCUCAACAAAGUCAAUGCCUUGUGGUGGUAUGAGAGUCCGGACCAACGGGCAGCAGUACGCCACAAAGCCCAUGGUGAUGCCAGGGUGGUGGCAGCCGUGAGGGAGAGUGUGACCUAUCUGGAGUCGCAGACGAGCAAACUCAUGUUCCCCUGCCCCUACUCUCCCCUCAAGUGAUCUCACACUGAAACCCAGGAUUAAAGGGACUAAACCUCAACUGGAUCUAAUAUGCGUCUUACACUGUUUAUAGACCUAAGUAGAGGUUAUAAAAUGCUACUGAGAUUUCUUAAAUCAAUCAACCGAUGGUGAUCAUAUCAUCUAAAUGUGAUGACAGUUGCACUCAAACAAUGUAUUAAUUGUAAUUAUGAAUGUUAUACUGAUAUCAAUAUAUAAGUCACUCAGAACCAAGUAUAAUUAGGACCUUGGCUAUAACAAUGUUUAUUUCAUUCUACUGAGGGCUGUUCAGUCUUAACAAUAGAUGGCUCUUGUGAAAUGCAUUUAUAUGUUGUAAAGAACUGCUAAAUAUGAAAUGCCUCUGUCCUGAAUCAAACAGUUCUGUUAGUAAUGGAUUAGAUGUAUAUGAUAUAUAUUACAUUUAGACGCGUGCAUACGUUUUGCAUAUGGGUGGUCCUGGGAAUCGAACCCACUACUCUGGCGUUACAAGUGCCAUUCAUACUAUAUUAAUAGGUAUAGAUAAUUGUGCCUUAUUCAUCGUGUACAUACCACAUGAAUACUUGUCUGGACUAGAAUGCGCUUUUCUGUAACCUUUGUCAAUAAGAAGGUUAUGUGAAAAUGUAUGACCAAUAAAUACAUAUUUCAAAAUGAAAUAUUCUGCUAAAAUGUGGUUUUGGACAGGAUUAAGUUUACGGCCAUGUUGACACAAGAUUAAGAGAAUGGAAAACACUUGCCAGGACUGACGAUUUGCUGGGUUUUAUUGUGUAAAUAAGUAUUGUACAGGGCGAGUAACAGACAUUCCCACAGCCUUUCUCAAUACAUUAAAAACAAACAGCUAUUAAAUAAAUAAUUUUCUUGGUAGGAUUCUUUCUUUUUGAUCAAAACAAACAAUUGUAUACAGUCUGUGGAAAUUCCAGUGCAAAAACAAUAUUCCAAUUAACACCAGAAAUAAAGUGCUUGGAAUGUUGAACUGCCCUCAUUUCAGGCAAAGCUUUGUUUCAAAAUACUGAGUCAUUUCACCCGAAUGACCACUAAAUGAAUUUCACAAUAAAAUGGCACUUGACUGCA